AAACACUUCCGCGUCGGGUGUCACUGAAGCAGGAAGCGGACGGUUUCCGUUAACGGCUCCGUUCACCGUCUGCAGGUCCGUCCGACCCCCCAACGGCUGGCCGAACCUCCGCUAGCUUCCGGAGCUAACUCCUUCCACCGUCCGGUACCGGGGCUCCGAGUGUCUCUACAGCCGCCUCUAGACGAGCCUCAGCCGGGUGACGGUGAUCCAGCCCCGGAGGACCGGAGGACCGGAGGACCGGAGGACCGGAGGACCGGAGGAGCGGAGGACCGGGGAGCAGGUGAACCGGAGGAGCUACAUGGAGGCUAACUGACCGGACCGGAGCACCGCGGUUCGUUAGCAGCAGGAUGCCCGCCGGAGUUUGCGGCUGCUGUGGGCCACUGAGGCCGAGAUACAAACGUCUGGUGGACAACAUCUUCCCCGAAGACCCAAAGGAUGGACUCAGUAAAUCCGACAUGGAGAAGCUCACCUUCUACGCCGUCUCGGCUCCGGAGAAACUGGACCGGAUCGGAGCUUAUCUGGCCGAGAGACUGAGCAGAGACGUGGUCCGACAUCGAUAUGGGUAUGUGGUGAUAGCGAUGGAGGCUCUGGACCAGCUGCUGAUGGCCUGCCACUCUCAGAGCAUCAAACCCUUCGUGGAGAGUUUCCUCCACAUGGUGGCCAAACUGCUGGAGUCCAGAGAACCAGACCUGCAGGUUCUGGGAACUAACUCGUUUGUGAAGUUUGCCAACAUCGAGGAGGACACUCCGUCCUACCAUCGCCGCUACGACUUCUUCGUCUCCCAGUUCAGCGCCAUGUGCCACUCCACCCACGAAGACCCCGAGACCAGAACCAGGAUCCGUGUGGCCGGGAUCAAAGGCCUGCAGGGCGUCGUGAGGAAGACGGUGAACGAUGAACUUCAGGCCAUCAUCUGGGAGCCUCAGCACAUGGACAAACUGAUCCCGUCCAUGUUGUUCAACAUGCAGGACAGCGAGGACCUGGACAGGGCCGGUCAUCCCAGCACGCCGUCCGGAGCCGGUCAGGAUGGCGAUGAAAACCCGGCAGCGCUGGCCGAGAGCUGCUUCAGGGAGCUGCUGGGUCGAGCCGCCUACGGAAACAUGAACAACGCCGUCCGCCCGGUGCUGGUUCAUCUGGACAGCCAUCACCUGUGGGACCCCAAUGAGUUUGCAGUUUCCUGCUUCCGAAUCAUCAUGUACUCCAUCCAGGCUCAGCACUCCCACCACGUCAUCCAGCAGGUCCUCAACCACCUGGACCACCACAACAAGAACACUCCAAGGGUCCGAGCUGGCAUCGUCCAGGUUCUGCUGGAGACGGUGGCCAUCGCUGCCAAGGGAUCCGUGGGUCCGACCGUCCUGGAAGUUUUCAACACUCUUCUCAAACACCUGAGGAUGAGCGUCGACUUCGAGCUCGGAGAAACGUCGAGGAGAAACUCCAGCAGCAGCGUAUCGUCGGGUCGAGGCAAAGAGAGCGAAGAGAGGAUCGUCCAGAACGCCAUCAUCCAGACCAUCGGCUUCUUCGGUGGAAACCUGCCGGACUACCAGCGAGCUGAAGUCAUGAUGUUCGUUAUGGGAAAAGUUCCAGUUUACGGGACGCCCUGCCACAGUCUGGACACCGUCAAGAUUGGACAUCAGGGAACAAAGAGGAUCCAGACGAUGCUGCUCAGCUCCCUCAUCAUGGUCACCUCUGGCUUCAAGUCCAAGUCCAUGGCGGCGGCGCUGCCUCCUCCCUUCCUGGACCCUCUGUUCUCCAUCUCCCUGAUGGAGGACAGCGAGCUGAGGCAGCUGGUCCUGGAGAUCCUGCACAACAUCAUUGAUCGCCACGACAACCGGGCCAAGCUACGCGGCAUCAGGAUCAUUCCAAACGUCGCAGCCCUGAAGAUUAAAAGAGAGAAGAUUUCCAAACAAGACGUCGCUUUCAUGAAGAAGCACGGCCAGCAGCUCUACCGACACAUCUAUCUGGGCUGCAAGGAGGAAGACAACGUCCACAAGAACUUCGAGCUGCUCUUCACCACCCUGGCCACUGUGACCAUCGAGCUGGCCAACGAGGAGGUGGUCAUCGACCUGAUCCGCCUCGCCAUCGCUCUGCAGGACAUGGCUCUGGGCAGCGAGGAGAACAUGCCGAUGUUCAUCCGUUGUGGCAUCAACGCUCUGGUGGCGGCGUACCUCAACUUCCUGAGCCAGAUGAUCGCCAACCCUCCGUUCUGUCAACACGUCAGCAAGGUUAUUGAGCUGAGGAACCUGGAUGCUCCAUAUCUCCUCCCAGAGCACAUCUUUAGGGAUAAAUGUCGACUCCCCGAAUCUCUGGACAAAGAAGACCGGCAGCUGUACUUCCAGACGGCCGACAUGGCCGAGUGUCUGGCCGGUCCAGGAUACAACGCAGAGCGACUGUCCAUCCCCUACAUCCCCCAGGUCACAGUUCUUUACACGGUAGGAAAAAUCCUGCACAGGUGCAAGCAGACGUCCAGAGAUCGUCUGACCAGGAGGAAGAGCUUCGUAGACACCAUCUCCCUGCAGGUGGACAUCAUGUCCAACAGCCUUCCAGACAAGUCCCAGCUGGCCGAGGAGAUCACGUUUGAGACCCUGAAGAAGGCCAUUGAUACGACGGGUUUGGAGGAACAGGAGCGAGAAAAGAGGCGUCAGGUGAUGGAGAAGUUCCAGAAAGCUCCGUUUGAGGAGAUCGCUGCCCACUGCGAGUCCAAGGCGAACAUGCUGCACGACCGACUGGCUCAAAUCUUCGAACUCACCAUCCGGCCUCCUCCCAGUCCGUCCGGAGUGGUUUCCAUCUCGGCCGGACACACCCAGCACCAGUCCGUCCCCAUCUACGAGAUGAAGUUUCCAGACCUGUGUGUCUAUUGAGAAACGCCACAUAAACACACCAACAUCGCACACGAAACCGCAAAAAUUAAAAACGCUGAGAAAGAACAACACAAUCACAACCCGUAUUCCACUUUGACCUCUUUCCCCGGCACAAGGAAUGAAAAUGCUAUAAAACCGGAGCAUCUUCAAGCCUCAAAAGUAGAAAUAUUCCAUCUAAAAACCCAAAAAAUGCAGUUUAUGAAAGUUUUUCUGCUAUACGCUGAUUCAUUUAUCAGACUUUUCUGACUUGCUGCAUUUUCUUUCCCUGAAACUCAGCUUUUGAAGAAAAAAAAACAAAAAAAAAACAAUGUAAACCGCCCGAGAUUUUAGCGCAUUGAAUCGGAUGUUGCUUCACGCCGUGUACAUAUCAAACAACGCUCUCUAGAUUAAGGCUAAGACCUUCUAACAGAUGUCUGUUCUCUUGUCAAGUCACAAAUUAGUAGAAAACUGUGUGCUGCAAAAACUACCAAAAACACAAGCAGCAGUAGUAGAUUAGUUUUAGUUUCACUGCUGAUCGCUGUUAAACUUUCGCUGUUAAAUAAGCUUCAGCUACCAGCUGAGAGUUAGGAGACGAAGCGAAAGCAACACGAGAGACUCUAAAGCUGUAGUAGAAACGUGGCUCAUGCUUGGUGAUGGUUGAUUUGCUGCUGGUUUCUAGAAACAGUCAGAUUUUAAUGAUGGAAACAGCCAAACAGAUGAGACAUCUUACUGCUGAAGGGCGUUGAAGUGGUGCAGAUUUCUUGUUUUCAUCUGGUGUUGAAGGAUCUUUUCCACUGCAGGAGCUUGUAAGACGUUUAAUGUUGACCCAAAUGUUUGCAGGUUGCAAGAACCGACUCAGUAGAACCUCCUUCAGGCUGGUUUUAGGGGAUAUAGAAGUACCCACUCUAGAUGCUUCUUAGAAACCAUGAACUUGGGUAGUAAAUAACCAUUGUCUUCUAGCUAACAUCACAACUAACCAUGUAUACCAACGUAUCAAACCUCCAUUGUUCUACUUCCUACGUGGAACUGGAUUUAUCCAAUGGGCUUUUCACCACUUUGAGUCAACUUUGUGGUCAUAGAUCUAAGAUCUGUUUCAGUAGAACCUCUUUCAGGCUGGUUUUAAUGGAUAUAAAGGUACGUACUCUAGAUUUUUCUCAGAAACCCUGAACUUGAGUAGUAAAGCACCAUAUUUCUGCCUUCUCGACAUCCUCGUCUAUUAACUGUCGUCUUCUAUCACAACCAACCAUAUACAGUAUACCAACAUAUCGCACCUCCAUCGUUCUACUUCCUACAUAGAACUUGAUAUAUCCGUUGUUUUUUUGCAACUUUGUGGUUGUAGAUCUCAGAACAUACCCAGCAGAACAUCUUUAAGACUGGUUUUAGGGGAUAUAAAGGUACCUACUGUAGAUUCUUCAUAGAAACCCUUAGAAAACUAAACUUGGAGCGUAAUUCUGGUUCUGGUUCUUGACGUCCUCGUCCAUCAGCCGUUUACUGCAAUCUAACAUCACAAGCUAAAAGUCACCAUAUAUCCGAAGUUUGUUGUCAUAGCGCUCAGAUCAGACACCGAAAUGGAGACAGAACGACUGAAAAUGAGUCCUGCAGUGGAAAACCAACUACUGUCAAGUGUGAUGGGGCAUUUAUUGGAUGUAAGCAUCAAGGAAAAGAGGGAACAGGUCAUGAACUCCUAGACGUUCAUUUCUGUUCACCAGAUUUCAAAAUCAGGUCCUUCUGGAGGUGAUGAGGUCGUAAUAACUGUGAAAUGGGAAUUUCAGACCAUUUUUGAAGCACAGAAGUGCAACAAAAGUUGUGUUCCCGUGACGUAUUUUGAAGCUAUACUUUAAAAAACCUUUGAGAAGAAGUUUCUAUGCUGGCUUGAGACGGUUUUUGACUUUUUCAAUAAUAUUAAACGUGUUCAGUAGCUAACAUGAGUGAAUAAUUACAAGUUUAGAUUAAAAACUUUUCCUCCAUUUUUCUCUCGUCAGUGAACAAAGUUUUGUUUGUUCUUUUUCUUCCUCUUCCAGUUUUAUUUUUAGCUGUCGAAAAACAAAUUGGUUUUGUUUGCAGCUUCUUCUACUCUUUAUGUCAACUAACGUGUCCUCUAGCGCCACCUUCUGACCACACAAACACAGCUAAAGUUGAGAACAAGCCGAAUUCACAACUUUUUACAUUUUUAUGCAAAGUUUGCUUCGUUAUUGUUUCACAAUUGAAUGGAAACACGACUUUAAUUAGCCUGAAUGAGUAACAAACAGGAAACAAUGCAGGAGUUUAAGAGUGUCGAACAAACAUCACGUCUUCCACGAAGCUGAAAGCAAAGUUGCUGGAAAAACUGAGGUUUUUAAUGAAUUAUUAACUUCCACAAACAUUUUUUGGUGGUUUGUGAUGAAAACAGCACAGUUCGGAUAAAAUGUCCUUCAAGUCUCCAAAACAGGAUUAGCAUAAAACGCUGAAUGAUUCUGUAAAGUGCAGCAUUUCAUCUCUUCAGUGCAUCCGAGGUGAAGCUUGAUUAAUAGAGAAUUUAAUGCACUUAUUCCCUCAAACCUGCACUCAGACUUAAAUUGAUCAAACCUGCGUGUUCUCAUCUUGUUAUCUGAAGCCUUGAGCUGCAAAUUUAAGCAAAAAGAACAAACACCUGCGUAGUUAUUGGGAGGUAAAAACAGCAACUAAAUAAAAUGAAGUCAGUUGAAGAACCUACAGAUGUUUCAGCUGGUGUCAGUUCAAAGUCUCAGAGUUUGUUCAAAGUUUACUUAUUUGGUAUUUGGGACCCAAAAUUAAUUUCUGUAAGAUUUUUUCUCCAAAUUUAAAAAAAAAAAAUUCUGAUGUUUUCAGAACUGUGAGUUCUCAAAAACAUCUUAACUAGAAAGACAUUUUAAAGUUUGAGUAUAUUCAAAAAUGAAACUUCCACAGCCAAGAAAUUAGGUGAAAACACCAACAGACUCAUUUCCAGCAGAUCUAAAUGAUUGAAUGGAUCCAGCAGAGGACAAAUUUGAAUUAUUGGUCCUUGAAAACGGAAAAAAAAGGUCAACAUUUUCAACCAAGGGUGGUCUAGUGUCUCCAUAAAUCUCCAUAGAUAUUUUGACCUGAAAUCUGUCUCAAAUGACUCAAAAUCAUCCAAACUAACCUAAAAGAGUCUAGAAUGAGUCAAUAUUUGUCCAACAUAAGAUAAAGAUUGUCCAAAAUGACUCAAAAAAUUGAUCUAAAUGUUUUAAAACGUGUCCAAAUCUGUCCAAAAGUAGAUAGAUUGUCUAAAACAACUGGAAACAUUUUAAUAAUAUCCUGACACUUAUCAAGAUGACUAUAAACUUUCCACAAAAUGAUACAUGUUUAUUCAUGAUAACUUGAAAUCUGUCCAAAAUUAAUCGAACAGGGUUUAAAAAUGAGACUAUGUUCAAUCCAGGCUGGUUUUUAGAUGUUUAGACUAAAUAUUGGCGUGGACUCAUUUUGUUCUUCGUUUCACACAGAGGAAACAGAGGAACUAAUUUAUCUCCCAUCACAAUAAAUCUCAUCUAACAACAAAUAGGUAAACUCUGAACCCAUUUGAUUUAAUUUAUACAGCAGUAAAUAGUUUUAUCUGGGUGUGAUGAGUCGUAUCAGACACUUUUUCAUCUGAACAAAAAUGCCGUUAAGUUUCCGAUCAUUGCUGCUGUACAUGUAAAAUCGACUCUGUUAGUUUGUCAGCUGGUAAAACGUCCUUUCCAUGACUUUAUUCUGUUUUCCGUCUCAACCAGCAGCUUUACCUCCUCACAGCUCUGUUGGCAGUUUCUAAAAAAACAAAACACGCUUCAUUGCCAAAGACAGAUGUGGCCUCCCUCCUGUUUCCUGAUCUGAGAACGUCUUAAUCUAAAAAGGCUGAAUGUUGCUGGAGCCGUAUGGACGUCUCCAAAAGACGAGAGCUUCAAAGUUAACCUCCCCGCUGAAUGCAUUAAUAUUAAUAUCCGUCUUCAGCCUCUCAGAGCUUUUGGAGGAUUUAAUCAUCUGUGCGUUUUCUGCGGCUACCACGAGGUCACGUUUAGUUUCCAAAAAGAGGCGUUCUUGGAAGGAGAUGCUUCGUAUCUGGUGCAGCUGCAGCUGUGAUCUGUAAUAGCAGAUGGUUAUCAGCGCUUUCCUCUGAUCUGAGUUCAGUGUGGAGAGAAAAUCCCUCCAGCUGGAGGAAGAUACCUGCUGCUACUGUUUGGUCUGAGCAGCUGCUUGAUGCCAGGAUGAAGGUCGGUGUUGGUUUGUCUGAGAGGACCAGGAACUCUUUGGUUUGUCUGAGAAGACGAGGAACUCUUUGGUUUGUCUGAGAGGACCAGGAACUCUUUGGUUUGUCUGAGAAGACGAGGAACUCUUUGGUUUGUCUGAGAGGACCAGGAACUUUUUGGUUUGUCUGAGAGGACCAGGAACUAUUUGGUUUGUCUGAGAGGAUGAAGAACUGUUUGGUUUGUCUGAGAGGAUGAAGAACUGUUUGGUUUGUCUGAGAGGAUGAAGAACUGUUUGGUUUGUCUGAGAGGACAAGAAACUGUUUGGUUUGUCUGAGAGGACGAGGAACUGUUUGGUUUGUCUGAGAAGACGAAGAACUGUUUGGUUUGUCUGAGAGGACGAGGAACUGUUUGGUUUGUCUGAGAGGACCAGGAACUCUUUGGUUUGUCUGAGAGGACGAAGAACUGUUUGGUUUGUCUGAGAGGACCAGGAACUCUUUGGUUUGUCUGAGAGGACGAAGAACUGUUUGGUUUGUCUGAGAGGACCAGGAACUCUUUUGUUUGUCUGAGAGGACAAAGAACUGUUUGGUUUGUCUGAGAGGACCAGGAACUGUUUGGUUUGUCUGAGAGGACGAAGAACUGUUUGGUUUAUCUGAGAGGACCAGGAACUGUUUGUCUGGAUCCUGUUUGGUUCUGAUGCAUCUUUGGUCAUCAGUGUGAAAUCCAAGAUGUGUCAAUGCAUGAAAAUGGGACAUUAGCAAGAAACCUAAAGCUUGACCACUAGCUGGUCAUCUCAAUUGCCACCAAAAACUGUCGUAUCUUUGUAAAAUGUGAACCCACAGACUCGGUCCACACAUGUAUAGAUUCACGAGGACUUAAUCUCUAAUAUUUAUAGCAGAUUUUAAGUGGUGGUAAGCUAUUUGACUAACUAGCUAUUUAACUGGUAGCCCAUAAGCUAGUGCAUUUAGCAGUGCACUUCUUUCUUAGUGGAUAUUUGUUAGCAAAAUUAGCAAGUCAGUGUGAAACCCAAGAUGUGCUCAAUGCAUGAAAUAGGAGACAUUAGCUAGAAACCUAAAACUUAACUGAUUCACAAAAAUCAGUCGAGACACGUGUUAAUUCAUGAUGCCGUUAAAACAAACUGCUUCCAGAUUCCAUUUAGAUUCACCAGCAUCAGCUUUUCUGUCAUCUGAAGCAAUACUGCAAAACUGGGUGCCAUAAUUUCCAUGAAAAAUCAUCGUAUCUUUGUAAAAAUUUGAAUGCACAGACUCGGUCCACAAAUUUAUAGAUUCAGGAGGACUUGAUCUCUAAUAUUUAUUAGAAGUUCACAUCCAUAAACCCGGUUAGUCAGAGAAAACAGCAAAUUUUAAGUGGUUGUAAGCUAUUUGACUAACUAGCUAUUUAGCUGGUAGCCCGUAAGCUAGUACAUUUAGCAGUGCACUUCUCUCUUAGUGGAUAUUUGUUAGCAAAAUUAGAAAGAUGUGUCCAAUGGAUGAAAUAGUGGACAUUAGCUAGAAACCUAAACCUUAACCGCUAAACAACACGGGAUGAUUUCGUUGCUAACCGGUGUGGAUUUUACGUUAGCAGGAAAGCUAAUUGUUGUUCAAGAGCAUUUGUUCAUUUUUUAAAGGUAGAAUUUAGCUAAGUAGCUAUUUAACUGGUAGCCUGUAAGCUAGUAUUGUUAGCGGUGCACUUCUCUCUGUGUGUAUAUUUGUUAACAAAAUUAGCAAGUCAGUGUGAAACCCAAGAUGUGUCCAAUGCAUGAAAUAGUGGCCAUUAGCUAGAAACUAAAGUUGCUAAACAACACUGGAUGAUUUCGAUGCUAACCAGUGCAGACUUCACAGUAGCAGGAAAGCUAACAUGCAUUUUUCUUCAAAAUUGAAGAGCAUUUGUAUUUCAAAAGGUGCAAUUCAGCUAACUAGCUAAGUAGCUAUUUAGCCUGCAAACUAAUGCUGUUAGCAGUGCACCUGUCCCCACUUUGAUUGUUGUUGGCUAAUUUAGCGAGUCAGUGUACAACAAGAAGUAGCACAGUGUUGGUUCGUCUGAGAGGAAGUGGAACUGUUUGUUUGGUUUGGAUGCACCUUUGGUCAAGAGAGAAAUUGGAGAAGUGAAUGUAAGAGAGGUUUUCAGGGAUGUUUUCUACGUAAUUGUGGAUGUUUCAGGGGGUUUUGUUAAAAAUUGUUGGGUGCCAGUUGUGUUUCUGAAAGGUUGAAAGUGUACAUUUGAAAAUCUGUGUUUGAAAUCACCAGCAUGAGCCUGAAAAUGAUUCAAACUUUGUCCAAUAUGACUCCAAAAUAACAGUAUAAUGAAAAAAUGUUUGAAAAAUGAUGAAAAAUCUGAACUUUAUUAGUUAAUUCGCAUUAUUUAGCAACAGUUCGAUCUGCGUCUAGAUUCGCGUUAAAGCAGGGAUCAUCAGCGUACAGCUUUAACGACGGCAUCGAUUCAUUAAACUCUGGAAGAACCACGAUAAUGUGCAAAUCAAGGGUCAUGUGAUCAGUGGGGGUAGCAGAGCUAGCAUCAGUGCUAACUAGCUUUUUCACUGACUCUGGCUACCUACUUUGGUUGAGUGUUUGUUAAAAAAAGAUGCAUUUUAGCAGCUUUUCUCAAGUUUUUGAUUGCAUUACAUGAUUAUCUGCAAAUGGAAUUUAAUGACAAUGUAGAAAACCUCCAUUUUUCAAGACUCUUUAAAGGGUUUCAGGUGGAGUUUUGCUUCUACAGUGGCAAACAUUAACAUCUUUAUGAGCUUUUGAAGCUUGUGGAAUAAUCGUAGGUUGCAGAGGAAGCCAUGCACAAAUGUUCCAGAUCUUAACAAUGCUAUUAAGCAAGCAGCUGAUUGGUUGAAACAGACUCCCAACAACUGAACCCCAAGGAAGCUUGUGUGCAUCUUCAGCCUAAUGUUCAUCGAGCGAGCAAAGACUACAGAAGAAAAAGACUUAAAGAUUUGCCUCAUAGGGUUUUUCUGAAGCUUUAGAUCAUGUCAUGUGGUUUUCUUCUGCAAAUUUGGGUAAACUAAUGAUAUAACUGCAAAUUUUCAAUGAAAUGAAUCAUCCAGGCCUCCUCUGGGCUCUUGAAGAACUGAAGGUGGAGUUUUUCUGGUCCAUUGAUGCACAUUAAUACCACGUAUACAUUUUAAGGGUUGUUGGGUAAUGAUAGACUGAAGAAGAACUAACGUGAAAACCUCCAAAAUCUCAACAACACAUUGUGUAAACAUGCAAAUGAAGUAAGUUAAUUGGUUGAAAGAGACUCCAAAAGGUGCACGAGUUGCUCCUGUUGAAGCUCAUUAUGAUAUAGUUUGUAAAAGUUCAUCUCAAUCUGACAGCGUUCGUUUAUUAGCUAUAAAAAUGCGAUAAAGUUGUUUGAUACGUGACCUUUGCUUUGCACAUCGUCCCACGUUGCUUUCUCAUGUUUGCUGCAAACUUUACAUCGAAAUCCAACCAGAGGAAGGGUUGAAAAUGUGUUUCUGUCCAGAUGAUAAAUCCUGACAGAGAUGCAAAUGGAGUCUUGUUUGGUGAAGAGUUGAAUUUUAAAACAAAACUAAUGAGCAGAAUGAAUGAAAGUAAAAUGUUUAUGCAUUACAUCUUAGCUUUAAACUUCGUAUCGUAGAAUCAUAGCUCGUAAAAAACAUGCAUUAUAUGAACUAACUGCAUGAUUUAUUAACUGUCGCCCCUUAGGGGGAAAAUAUGCUGAAACUUAAUCCAUCUAAACGCCCUCAUCCACCGGAAAGCUGACUUUUCUUCGAACAUGUGAAAAACCCGAGCCAGCACAGCGUGAACAGAUUUCAGUUCGGAGAAAAGUCGGAUGUAAACGGUGGACGAGUCGUUGGUUUAGAUGUGGCUGGAAUACGAUGAAUGUGUCAUUACAGCAGUAUAUCAUAUCUAUUUUUGUACAUUUUAUGCAUCACAUGUCGUCAAAUCUUUGCCUGGUGGAGAUUUCAGAGCCUGGGAGACUUUAAGGAGACGAAUGCUGAAUUCUAUGUAUUCAUUUAGUUUUUUGUUGUGUACCUUCGUGGUUCAGGGUUUCAACGGGACGGUGCAGGAGAAUCAGUGAUAUCAUUUCAAAUGUGGUGAAAGAUGAGUAUCUAUAGUCAGAUGUCAGUUAUUUUUAGAUAAGACUAAAUCAGUGCAAUCUGCUAACUUUCUAGAUUUCUAUGGGUUUUUUUUUUUCCCGGCUCAGGCGGAGCAAAGUUUUAGAUUUGAAAGAUGUUUUUUUUUUUGGUCAAAGAUUCAGUUCCAGAUUCACAAAAAUCAGUCAGGAAACGUGUAAACUCACGACGGCGUUAAAACAAACUGCUUCCAGAUUCCAUUUAGAUUCACCAGCAUCAGCUUUUCUGUGAUCUGAAGCAAUACUGCAAAACUGGGCGCCGCAAUUUCCACCAAAAAUCAUCGUAUCUUUGUAAAAUCUGAUAGCACAGACCCAGUCCACAUAUUUAUAGAUUCAGGAGGACUUGAUCUCUAAUAUUUAUUGGAAGUUGACAUCCAUAAUCCUGAUUACAAGUCAUAGAAAAAAGCAAAUAUUUAGCAGCUGUAAGCUAUUUGGCUAACUAGCUAUUUAACUGGUUGUCCAUUAGCUAGUACCGUUAGCGGUGCGCUUCUCUCUUGGUGGAUAUUUGUUAGCAAAAUUAGCAAGUCAGUGUGAAACCCAAGAUAUGUCCAAUGCAUGAAAUAGGAGACAUUAGCUAGAAACCUAAAACUUAACUGAUUCACAAAAAUCAGUCGAGACGCGUGUUAAUUCAUGAUGCCGUUAAAACAAACUGCUUCCAGAUUUCAUUUAGAUUCACCAGCAUCAGCUUUUCUGUCAUCUGAAGCAAUACUGCAAAACUGGAUGACGCAAUUUCUGCCAAAAAUUAUCGUAUCUUUGUAAAAUCUGAACGCACAGACUCAGUCCACAUAUUUAUAGAUUCAGGAGAACUUAAUCUCUAAUAAUUAUUGGAAGUUAACCAAGUAAUCCAAUUAAAAAUCAUAGAAAAAAGUGAAUUUUAAGCAGCUGUAAGCGAUUUGGCUUUUUAACUAUUUAGCUGGUAGCCCAUAAGCUAGUACAGUUAGCGGCGCACUUGUCUCCUGAUGGAUAUUUGAUAGCAAAAUUAGCAAGUCAGUGUGAAACCCAAGAUGUGUCAAAACGUGAAAAGGGGACAUUAGCUAGAAACCUAAAACUUAACCGCUAAACACCACUGGAUGAUUUCAAUGCGAACAGGUGCAGACUUUAAAUUAGCAGGAAAGCUAAUUGUUGUCCAAACUUGAAGAGCAUUUGUUUGUUUUUUAAAAGGUGGAAUUCAGCUAACUAGCUAAGUAGCUAUUUAACUGGUAGUCUGUAAGCGAGUACCAUUAGCGGUGCACUUCUCUCCUGAUAGAUAUUUAUCAGCAAAAUUAGCAAGUAACUGCUAGUGGGAAAUCUAAAACUUAACUGCUAACUGGUUGCCGCAAUUUCCACCAAAAAUUGUCAUAUCUUUGUCAAAUCUGAACACACAGACUUGAGCCACAUAUUUAUAGAUUCAGAAGGAUUUGAUCUGUAAUAUUCAUUGGAAAUUAACAUCCAUAAACCCAGUUAAAAAUCAGAGAAAAAAGUUGAUUUUAAUCGGUUGUAAGCUAUUUGGCUAACAGAGCUGGUAGCCCGUAAGCUAGUACCGUUAGCAGUGCAUGUUGUAGGUAAAGAAGAUAUCUACUACUUGAAAAUUGAAAAUCAAUGCGUUAUUGUUUGUCAGUAUUACAUUAAUCCAGCAACUGCUAACGACUAAUUCAGCUGCUUUUAAUGCUUCCAAUUUAUAAAAUACAGACUUAAGAACGUCCACUAAUGUUAACCCACAUGCAAAUACGAGCAAAACAAAUGAUAAAAGAGAUAAAAUCCAUAAUUACCGUCUUGUUUUCAUGUUGUAAGAACAACAGUUUGCCAGUAUUAGAGCAUUUUGGAACAACAAUCUAACAACUCCACGUUGUGAAUCUGGAGCUGAGUCCAUCCUGAGCCGAUAAAGAUAAAUAACGUUUAAAUGAGUAAAAAAAAAUGAUCUGAGAACAGUUUAAAUCUUAGCUGGAUGCAGAAACCAAUCAGUCUGUGAAAAGAGCCUCAGCUACUUUUGAUAAACGAACGACGUAUUUCCUAGAUUUUAGCUCGACGAGUCGUUUGAACAGCAGCAGACGUAUUAAAGUAAAAUAUGAUGUAGUGUUUGCACUUUGAUCACUGUGGUACUUUAGCAAAAACCAAUCAGCACAGAUCAGUGUUUGGUACAGAGGUGUUUUUAUUCCCGAUGUUCAGUUUGUGAAAUGUCGUGUUCGAGAAAUAAAAAACUGUAAGAAGUGUCUCUGCUGAUGGGUGAUGGAAGUCGAGUCUUAAAAUGUUCGAACCAAGAUGAGAAGAUUCAGUGAAUGAGCUGAGCUGCCUUACUUCAGGAUGCUGGACGCAAAAAAUGCUUUAAAAAUAUCAACCAGACGAACGUUCCUUCACCCGUCAGGACCGACUUUUUCAGUUUAAAUCUGCAAAACUACAAGAGUAACAAAAAACUGAGCUUCUGAUGCUGUUUUUUAUGUUUGUGAUGCAACAGUUUGUAUUUUUGUGCCAGUUUUAGAGGUAAAUACGUGUUUGGCCUUCACAGUGACAAACUGCUAAAGCUCAGCUUAAACUUUAAACCACUAGAGGGCGCAGAGGCUCCACUCCGGCUGCAGGUUCAGGAAGUUUUACCUUCAUUGAUGUUUUGUUUUCUUCCAUGAAAUAUGAUUCUGUUGUCAAAAAAUGCACAGAGAGCUGAUAACAUCAACAGAGUUUAGGAUCAGUAAACCAACGAACAGUCUCACACAGUCAGACCAUUCUCUAGCGCUAAAGCAACGCUGUGUAGAAUGAUCUGACCACACCAAAAGUUGUCCAAAACAACUCAAAAUUGUCCAAAAUUAUGCAAAAUUAUCAAUUACUCAAAAUUGUUCGAAAUGACUCAAAAAUUGUUCAAAACUAUAUCAAAAUUGUCCAAAAUAACUCAAAAAUUGUCAAAAAUUACUCAAAAUUGUUCAAAAUUACUCAAAAAUAGUUCAAAAUAAUUCAAAAGUUCUUCAAAAUGACUCCAAAUUGCUCAAACUUACACAAAAAUUGUCCAAAAUACCUCAAAAAUGAGUCAAAAAUGGUUGAAAAUUGUUCUAAAUGACUCAAAAAUUGUCCAAAAUUACACAAAGAUUGUCAAAAAUAACUGAAAAGUUGUUCAAAAUGACUGAAAAAUUGAUAAAAAAGACAAAAAAAUGUCAAAAAUUACUCAAAUUUUGCGUCUAAAUUGCAUAAAAAGUGACGUUAAAUGUGAAGGUUGAAUCGUUUCCUGGACCAGCAGCAGCGGUGGAGCCUCAGCGUUUUAUAUCGAAGCCUCUGUUUAAUAGAAAAUUGUGCAUCGAGAUUAUUGUUCAAGAGAUAAAAUAAAGUGUUUCUAUCAAACA